AUGGCGGCAAAGACUGAGAUGAGAUUGUAUUACUAUAACCCAACCACCACUCUGAGUUUCAAUACAUUCGCUGCAUCCAUCCUUCACAUAGAGGAACAGCACUUUCAUCGUCCCAUCGCCACCAACCCACAGCUACCCAAAGAAUCCAUCUUUAAAUUCCAAGAUCGCUAUAACUUCGAUCAUACAUCAAGUGAAAGCAGUGCUUCCAACCGCUUUGGGACGACUGCUUUACCUGAAACACACUCCUCUUUCUCGCCCUUGUUUUCUGGAAAGUACGGUUAUUUAGUCGACAAGUACCGGUUCCUGAGUCCUGUGAACGACGCAAAACAUCUGCAUUUGAAAAUUGUGAAGAAUGGGUAUAGUCAAGAAUUGUUUUUGUGUAAUUACCUUAUUCAUCUGUAUGUGAAAAAUGGUGAUAUGGCUGCUGCAAGUGACCUGUUCGACGAGAUGCCUGACAGGAACGCGAUUACCUGGGCUAGUUUGAUCACAGGGUAUGCUAAGAAUGACAUGCCCAAUGAGGCCUGUGAAAGUCUUCGACAGAUGGUGCGUUCGGGAUUUGUUCCUAACCAUUAUUCUUUUGGUAGUGCUUCAAGGGCUUGUCAAUCUUUAGGGGCUUGUGGGCUUAGGUUGGGGAUGCAAAUUCAUGCUUUGGUUUUGAAGACGUGCUACUUGGUUGAUGAGGUUAUAUGCAAUGUGUUGAUUUCUAUGUACAGGUGUUGUGGUGAUCCUGGGGAAUAUGCUUGGAAUGUAUUUUGUGGUAUAGAAGCUAAGAAUUCAGUGUCUUGGAAUUCUAUAAUUUCCUUUUAUUCUCAAAGAGGAGAUUCUGCUUCUGCUUUCAAGCUUUUCUCCAUUAUGCAAAAUGAGAGCAUGGAAUUUUAUUCUAAACCAACUGAAGACACUUUUGGCAGCUUAAUUUCCACUGCUGCUUCUCAUGGUAAUUGUGGUUUGCUUUUGCUAGAGCAGGUAUUGGGAAGAAUUGAAAAAUCUGGAUUUUUAAAAGACCUGUAUGUGGGCAGUGCUUUAGUUUGUAGUUUUGGAAGGCUUGGCUGUCUUGACACUGCAUUGAAGAUUUUCAAGCAGAUGGGCAUGAGAAAUGUAGUGUCUAUGAACGGUCUGAUGGUUGGACUCAUUCAACUAAAGCGAGGGGAAGACGCUGCUAAGGUUUUUGUUGAGACAAGAGACAUGGUUGAAAUAAAUUAUUCCUCUUUUGUUGUUCUUUUGAGUGCUUUCCCUGAAUUCUCUUUGUUGGAAGAAGGAAAACAAAGAGGUAAAGAAGUACAUGCAUAUGCUCUCCGAACUGGCUUGUAUGAUUCCAAGGUUGCUAUUGGAAAUGGUCUAAUUAAUAUGUAUGCAAAAUGUGGUGCAAUUGAAGAGGCCCGUUCUGUUUUUAACCUCAUGAUUGAUAAGGAUUUAACAUCUUGGAAUUCUUUGAUCUCUGGUCUUGACCGGAACGAGUGUUUUGAAGAUGCAGUCUGGGGUUUCAGAACAAUGAGGAGUAUUGGUAUGAUGCCUUCAAACUUCAAUUUGAUCAGUGCUUUGAGUUCAUGUGGGAGCCUUGGUUGGAUCAGGAUGGGCAGUGGAAUACAUUGUGAAGCAAUUAAAUUGGGACUUGACUUGGAUGUGUCAGUGUCUAAUGCUCUCCUUGCAUUGUAUGCUGAUGUUCGGUUUAUCUGUGAAUGCAGGAAAAUAUUCUCCUUGAUGCCUGAACGUGACCGUGUUUCUUGGAAUUCUAUAAUUGGUGCAUUGAGUGAUUCUGAGGCAUCUACUUUUGAAUCUAUAGAAUAUUUCAUAGAAAUGAUGCGUGCUGGAUGGAGACUUAACCGAGUUACUUUCAUAAAUGUCCUUUCUGCAGUAUCAUCCCUUUCUCUUCUUGGUCUUGCUAGCCAAAUUCAUGCUCUGGUACUAAAAUACAAUGCGAUGGAUGAUGUAGCUAUUGAAAAUGCAUUUCUUACUUGCUAUGGGAAAUGCGGGCAAAUGGAUGAUUGUGAAAAAAUAUUUUCUAGAAUGUCUGACAGGAGAGAUGAUGUGAGCUGGAACUCUAUGAUCUCUGGGUAUAUACACAAUGAGCUCCUAACAAAGGCCAUGGGUUUAAUCUGGCUUAUGCUGCACAAUGGUCAGAGGUUAGAUUGCUUCACCUUUUCUACCGUUCUGAGUGCAUGUGCCUCAGUUGCAACACUAGAGCGUGGCAUGGAAGUCCACGCGUGUGGGAUUAGAGCUUGUUUGGAAUCAGAUGUAUUUGUUGGGAGUGCCCUGGUUGACAUGUACUCCAAAUGUGGCCGUAUAGAUUAUGCUUCAAGAUUCUUUAAAUUAAUGCCUGAAAGAAAUGUAUAUUCAUGGAACUCAAUGAUAUCUGGUUAUGCAAGGCAUGGACAUGGACAUGAAGCACUAGAGGUUUUCAGAAAAAUGAAGCUGGAAGGCCAACCACCAGAUCAUGUUACUUUUGUUGCUGUCUUGUCAGCUUGUAGCCACAUAGGACUCAUCGAACAAGGAUUUGAUCAUUUUGAAUCUAUGAGCAGAGUGUAUGAUUUGACCCCUCGAAUCGAGCAUUUCUCUUGCAUGGUUGAUCUCCUUGGUCGAGCAGGCGAGCUUGAUAAGAUGGAGGACUUCAUCCAAACAAUGCCAUUAAGGCCUAACGCGCUAAUCUGGAGAACUGUUCUGGGGGUAUGCAGUCGAGCUAGUGGUCGCAAAAGAGAUCUAGGUAGGAAGGCUGCACAAAUGCUUAUGGAGCUGGAACCUCAAAAUGCAGUAAACUAUGUUCUUCUAGCAAAUAUGCACGCCUCUGGUGGGAAGUGGGAAGAUGUUGCUCAGGCCCGACGCUCUAUGAGGGAAGCAACAGCAAGGAAAGAAACAGGAUGGAGUUGGGUCAGCAUGAGAGAUGGCAUUCACGUUUUUGUUGCUGGCGACAAAUCUCACCCGGAUACAGAUGCAAUCUAUGAAAACCUCAGGGAAGUGCACAAAAAGAUGAAGCUUGUAGGGUAUGGGCCGCAGAUAAAAUAUGCUUUGUAUGACCUUGAUCUGGAGAACAAGGAAGAACUCCUGAGCUAUCACAGUGAGAGAAUUGCAGUUGCUUUUGUUCUUACACGCAAAUCGGAGAUGCCAAUAAGAAUAAUGAAAAAUCUCAGAAUUUGUGGGGACUGUCAUGAUGCCUUGAAAUACAUAUCACAAAUUGUUGGCAGGCAGAUAAUAGUACGAGACUCCAUCAGGUUUCAUCAUUUUGGUGAUGGGAAGUGCUCAUGUAAUGAUUACUGGUGAUUGAUCAAGAGUUGCUUCUAUCAGGAUUCAGGAAGCUGCCAUUGCAGCAUUACUGUGGCACAGGGAUAAGGAGAUUGAGAAGGCCAUUUUGCAAGUAUGGAGACCACACAAAAGAGUGUUGUAUUCUUAUGAGGGUUUAGACUGUGAAUGACUGGCUAAGACAAGGUAAUGAUCAUAGCCUGAUCAAUUUUUUUGGAUCAACGGGAGGGGCAGGUCGAAGCUCAAACUAGGAAAAUAGUGCAGAGUCUCUCCUCAACUCAGAGACUCCCAACCAACCGUCCUCUAAAAUUUGCUAAAGGAUUAU